AUGGAAGACAAAAGGGAUUGCCGAAUCUGUGGAAAUGUGUCGGAUGGAACGCAUUUUGGUGUGGACUCUUGUCGAGCGUGUGCUGCUUUCUUUAGACGAAGUGUCGUCAUGAAGAAGCAAUAUGUGUGCAGACAAGGUGGAGAGAAGUGCUUCAUCAAGAAAAAUGUGAGAUUGAUGUGUCGUUUGUGUCGAUAUAAAAAGUGUUUGGAAUCAGGAAUGUUGCCAGAUGUCGUGAAAAACAAGCUCGAUGAGGAUUUGGACGAGUUCGACUUGGGUGUCAAAUGUGAGCCGUCUACAUCUGAUGCAGAGAUUAAGCGUGGUCCUCCGUCGAUUUCUGGCGAGGUGGACGGUGAGACGAAUACGCCGAUUCUAAACAAAGUUAUCGAGAAUUAUCGUCAACUCUGCUCAGUGAGAAGAGCAGCCGAGCAGGCGAUGUGGCGACAUACAUACAGCAAUCAAAUGUUCGCUUUUACAACAAUCGAUACGGAGAUUCAUCCAGCCAAUUUCAAUCUCGUCUCAAAGAUUAUGCGAGCAAAUGUCCCCGCCACAGCAGAGUUUAUCAACGAGACUUUUGACGCUUUUGGAUUACUUGGGCAAAAAGAUAAGUGGCUCGUCUUUCAAAGUUUUGUCCCAAUCUUUUGGCUUCUCGAGAACGCUUGGGGGACUUACAAGAGGUUCUACAAUGAUCGAGAGAUCAUCCGUUUCAUGUUGACUCAAACGACGUUCAGUGAGGUUCAAAUCCCAGAGGCUUUCUUCUCGGAUUUAGCUGCGGUUCAACCACUGGAUCUCAAAGAAGUCUCCAAGCUUCUCGUGAAAUGUGCGGACAGAAAUAUUUACUUGGCGAAAAGGAUCAAUCGAGCGAAUCCGAGUGAGAAGGAGUUCGCUGCAGCUAUUGCACUUCUUUUAUGGAAUCCGAAUCUUUGCGAUGACUGUGACGAGGUGCAAAAUUUGGCAGCGAAUCAGAGAGCAAAAAUUCUAGCGGAACUUCAUAAAUAUUACAAAUAUGAGGUCUGCCUAGAAGAUUAUGCGGGUCGACUUGGAGAGAUCCUUUGCCUCUUCAGCACUCUACAGUGGCACAACGCGGCGGUGAGGGAUGAAUUGGAGAUUGGAAAGUUAUACCAAUUGUACGAGCGCGAUUCAUUCAUCUAUGACAUUUGGCGUACCUCGCUUUCUCAA